AUGUCGCGGAGGGCACCGAGAGGAGAGUAUAUAGAGACGGACACGGGCAACAAAGUUGCUCGGAAAGCGACCCUAGUCGGCACCCAGAAUAUCAUGCUGGGUGGCAAGACCGUCAUCCAGCAGGAGGUCAUGAUCCGUGGUGAUUUGGCUCGAUCAAUACAGUCCUCAUCCUCUGGAGGCGCGCCCGCCAACAAUACCGCCGUGGCAAUUGGCCGCUAUUGCUUCUUGAGCAGAGGCUGCUGCUUACGACCACCCGGUCGAAUGUACAAGGGUGCAUUCACCUACAUGCCUCUACGAAUGGGCGAUCACGUCUUCGUCGGUCAAGGCAGUGUUGUUCAAGCUGCGACGAUCGGAAACCACGUACACAUCGGACAAGCGGUUGUCGUCGGGGAGUUUGCCAUCAUCAAGGACUACGUGAGAAUCUUGGACGGAACUGUAGUGCCUGCCAAUAUGGUAAUUCCAAGCUUCAGCGUCGUGGCAGGACAGCCAGCAAGAUUGAUAGGCGAGGUACCAGAAGGUGGCCAUGAAGCAUUCGAGCUGCGAGAGCUAUACAAGUCUGUGGGUAAUAAUCCACAGCCACUGCCUGCUUGA